GAACUGGGCGGAUCCCAACAUUAGGAUGGCCAAGACAUCCAGCUUCCAAUGCGCUGAUGGCAACAGAUAAGUAAAAAGUGAGCUCCUCGGACGCACGACAACACACCAACUGAAGUGGAAAGCUGCUCCUGUUCUGCUCCUUAUCCCAUUUCGGACCCUGCGUAUAAGCCGGUGCGUCAACAGACUGCUGCAGGACUCAAUCAGAAGGAAGAAGAAGUCAGAGUUAAGAAAGCAGCCUCGCCUUUGACUUGUGCGUAAAGUCUGACUACACUCUAUCGACGCCUCUUUUUUUUUGGCUCUUUAUGCCCGUGAUUAAGUAUUGUUUUGUAUUCCUUAUAUGUGGACAAGUCAAACAACAGUUUUUGUUUGCCAUCUCCAAAACUGAAUUUGUCUAAUGACGGCAGAAGUCCAGCAGCCCCCAGCGCAACCUCCUGCCCAGAGCAGCCCGAUGUCUGCUCCGGAGAAGCCGCACGGCCAGACAGCGGUGAUGGAAACCGCCUCUUCCACUACAAAAACCAAAAAGACAAACGCAGGGAUCCGCAGACCGGAGAAACCCCCGUAUUCAUACAUCGCUUUAAUAGUCAUGGCUAUCCAGAGCUCUCCGACCAAGCGCCUGACGCUCAGUGAAAUCUACCAGUUCCUCCAGAGCCGCUUCCCAUUUUUCAGAGGCUCAUACCAGGGAUGGAAGAAUUCCGUGCGUCAUAACUUGUCCCUAAACGAGUGCUUCAUAAAGCUGCCCAAAGGCCUCGGCCGGCCAGGAAAGGGCCACUACUGGACUAUCGACCCGGCGAGUGAGUUUAUGUUCGAGGAGGGCUCAUUCAGAAGGAGACCCAGAGGUUUCAGACGCAAGUGCCAAGCGCUGAAGCCCAUGUACAGCAUGAUGAACGGCCUGGGAUUCAACCAUAUCCCCGAGUCUUACAACUUCCAGGGGAGCGGCGGGGGUCUGUCCUGUCCGCCUAACAGCCUGUCUCUGGACGGCGGGAUCGGGAUGAUGAAUGGACACUUGGCAGGUAACAUGGAUGGGAUGGGUCUGUCCGGACACACCAUGUCUCACUUGUCGACCAACGGAGGACAUUCAUACAUGGGAAGUUGUACAGGAUCCGCUGGGAGUGAUUAUCCCCACCACGACAAUUCCGCCUCCCCUCUGCUAACCAGCGGAGGGGUCAUGGAGCCUCACCCCGUGUACUCGAGUUCCGCCUCGGCGUGGGCUCCGGCGCCAUCGGCCUCUCUGAAUAACGGGGCCUCCUACAUCAAGCAGCAGCCUCUGUCUCCUUGUAAUCCAGGGACCAACCCGCUGCAGCCAAGCCUACCCACACACUCACUGGAGCAACCGUACCUGCACCAGAACGGACACAGCACCACAGAUUUACAAGGUAUUCCUCGGUACCAUUCCCAGUCCCCCAGCAUGUGUGACCGGAAGGAGUUUGUCUUCUCGUUUAACGCCAUGACGUCCUCAGCGAUGCACACACCGAGCACCAGCUCCUACUAUCACCACCAGCAGGUAUCCUACCAAGACAUCAAGCCCUGCGUCAUGUGAUGCCUUCAUGGACACUCUACAGACAAGAGGAUGGUGUCACAGACUCGAGCCUGCGAACAGAGACGAGAAAAAAAUCGAGAAGAAACCACUGAGGGAAAGAAAGGCUCACCUCGGCCCUGCAUGGAGAUGGAGGGAGCACAAUGCCUGAGGUAGACCGGACUACUUUUCUGUACUAACGGCAAAGACCCGGAGGCAGACCAACCAUAAAUCAAAUCAAUAAUAAUAAGAAUAAUACAUAAUAAAUAAUGACACAUUUUGGUGACAUCAUCAUCAAGCAGCAGGGUACAGACUGGGUGUAUGAAUCCUUGCUGCUGUUUGGUACGAAGUCCUGCGCAGAGGAUGACUACCACAUCACACUUUGUUUAAUCCUCGUGUUAAAGUAGGCCCAUGUAAAAAAAAAAAAAAAAAAAAAAUGCACACGUCCAUUUUCUCCACCUGAACUUUUUACUUCUCUUUUCUAUGACUUUUUUGGACUUCGAUACAAGUGUUUAAUUUUAAAAUGAACUUUUUUUGGACAUCACAUAUUUAUGUCCAUAUUUACUGUCUACAAACGAUGAAGGCACUUUUUUGAAUAGCCUAUAAGCGCAGCGUUUUAUUUAUUCUGUAGGCCGACGUAUUUUAAUUUCAGGCGAAUUGGCCAAGGAGGUAUCUGCUUUAUUGGCAAUAUUUGUCAGGACGCUUGUUAUUUGUUUUAAAUGAAAAUGGAGGAUAUAUUGUAAGCACUGUUAUGUCGUUUGUGUUAGAUAUACGUAGAACAUUACUUCCAGCACUGUAUACUUGUAUAUGGAAAAUUAGCAAAGGUCCAUCAGUGGGGGCUAAUCUUUUGGCUUUAAUACAUCAAAUCAUUUGUAAAAAAUAAAAGUUUAUGUUUUGGGCUUUUUCGGCCUAAAUCCACCAAAA